UAGUCUACUGAGGGAGUGCUGGUGACGUCACGGGUCACCGUGCUAGGCUUUCCCUUGGAACUCCGCCCAUCCUCCGCCUCCUUCUCCCUGCACUGUCAGAUCUAUUGCAGCUAGGUCCGCAGGCUCUAGGACAGCGAGAAAAUGGCCAUACCUCCAAGUUACGCUGAUUUAGGAAAAUCUGCUAGAGAUGUCUUCACCAAAGGAUAUGGCUUUGGCUUCAUAAAGCUUGAUUUAAAAACAAAAUCUGAAAGUGGAUUGGAAUUUACAAGUUCUGGCUCAGCAAAUGCAGAAACUAGUAAAGUUAGCGGCAGCUUGGAAACUAAAUACAAGUGGUCGGAGUAUGGUCUUACGUUCACAGAGAAGUGGAACACAGAUAAUACGCUGGGAACUGAGAUCACCGUAGAAGAUCAGCUUGCCAAAGGACUGAAGCUAACCUUUGAUUCCUCAUUCUCUCCUAACACUGGAAAGAAGAAUGCAAAAAUUAAGGGCGCAUACAAACGGGAGCACGUUAAUGUGGGAUGUGACAUGGAUUUUGAUAUUGCCGGUCCUUCAGUCCGUGGAGCUGUGGUCUUUGGCUAUGAGGGCUGGUUAGCUGGCUACCAAAUGACUUUCGAGUCAACAAAAUCAAGGGUCUCUCAAAGCAACUUUGCAGUUGGAUACAAAACUGACGAAUUCCAACUUCAUACUAACGUAAAUGAUGGUACAGAGUUUGGAGGUUCUGUAUAUCAGAAGGUGAAUGACAAGUUAGAAACUGCCAUAAACCUGGCAUGGACAGCAGGAAACAGCAACACACGUUUUGGAAUUGCAGCCAAAUACCAAAUUGAUUCUGAUGCUUCUUUCUCUGCUAAAGUGAACAAUUCAAGCCUGAUUGGACUAGGAUAUACCCAAACUCUGAAGCCUGGCAUCAAGCUUACACUAUCAACAUUGCUUGAUGGGAAGAACAUCAACGCUGGAGGUCACAAGCUGGGUCUAGGACUGGAAUUUGAAGCAUAAAACAUUUCACACUGCAUAGCUCACUUUCCUGAUGUUCUGCAGCAUAAAUGCCCUACAAAUCUAGUGUACCAUGUAAUGUUUUAUGCCUGGGAUGCAAACAGUCCUCUUUUUCAGUCACAAUCGAUUACUUGUGAAGUGGACAACUAAGCUUUAAAGUGUGUUUUUUGUUGGGAAGAUAGAUCGUGAAAGAAACUCUAGGGAACAGUUUUGUGAUUCCAUGCCAACUUUGGAAUAUUUCAUAGCUGCUCAUUUUUACCAUGCUUUACUAGAUAAAAUAUAUAGAUUUUUAUCAGUGUAGGUCUAAAAUGGUACUAAGAUAAAGAAAAGAGAUAUUAAAGGUUUUUUUUAGAUUAUUUAAUGUUUUCCUACAUAAGCAGCUAAAGCACAUUUAUCAGCAUUUCUUUGUAUUGAUCCUAAUUUCUCAACAUGAGGUAAAGGAUUAGGUCAUUUAGAUCAAAGGCAGUAAGAACAGCCAGUACCUGCACAAAAAGGGACUUUAUAACAGUUUAUGAAAUACUCAACUCUAGAGUCUUAACUGGAAGUUGUUUGAAAUUGCCAAUGUUGUUCUUAGGCCUUUUUCUGGUAUUCUAUGUUCUCUUUUCAUGUGCAGAGUCGCUAAGUUCACAACUUGUGGUUCACUUCCCUAACACACAGUACAGGAACCGCUUAAAGAGCCAUAUGCAAGGGAAGAGUCAUUGUUUCUCAUCAUCACACGGCGGCAUCACUUAUACAUCUUUUUCUCCACACAAAGUCCUUUUACGUUCUGCAACAUUUUUAUGUAUUUUUUUAGGAAUGUGAUGAGUCAUGUAUUGUCUUCCAUUCAGUGAAAGUAGAGUCCCUUGGUAUGCUGUAUGAAACAUCACCUUAAAUAAAACCUGAGUAAAGUAAA